CAAAGAACUUCAAGAAAACAUUUUCACUUUUAGAUUUUCAUUUUGGAACAAUUUACCUUGUAAAUCUUGAUGGGAGGUUCUCCCUAGUAGGGUUAUAGUGUAGAUGGAGCCUGGAGCUGUAGGGGGUGAUGACGAGAGUGGCGGAACAAAUAUUAAAGAAAAUGAUGACAAAAUCUCCAGACCUAAAUCUAAAUCAAAGGAAUGGAAAAAGUGGUUCAGUAAAAAAUCAAGAAACAGUCGGGAAAAUUCUAUUGACACAACGACUACAGAACUGGAAGAUGUUAAUGCAGAUUUUUCCCCCACUCAUAGUCAUACUAAUCCGGAUGUGUCACCCAUGAGUCCUGUCAAUUGGUCAGAAUGGGAAUUCGGAUCGUCCAGUGAGAGUGACUGUAAUGACAGCGAGACAAAGAUCAGGAGGUCAAGAGAUUUCCCUAAUAGUGAAAUUGAUGAGAAAAAUUGCAUCAAACCGAGUCAAACUAAAACAUUGUUCCACCAAUUAGAAUACAAUAAAUCUGAAGGUUCAAGACCAAACUGGAGCAAACGUAAGAAAAAAGCCAUUCAUAAGGAGUCACCAAGGGCUCCAAGACCAAAAUCCCUGGAACUUGUUGACAUGUCAAAGUCAUUUUGUAUUUAUGAUUUCGAUAGUUUGGAUGAAAGCAGCAAAGAUAAAUGCUGUGAUUUUCAGCAUAACGAGUCAUGUGAUAAAUGUGCAACACAUUGGAUACGCAGAAGCAUUUCAAUGUCUGAUCUGAAUCUGAAUUUUUUGCGCACUAAUUUUAAUGUGGAACAAUCGCGAGGAAACCAAAUACCUCAAAACCUGGAUCUUAACUCAAAUGCCUCAACCUCAACCAUUAAGCAUAAUGAGCUGAAUUCAAUGAAUAGUCCAACCUCAUAUCAUGUGUUAAAUCAGUUCAAAUCAAACAGCCUUCCAAGUUACUAUCGCUCUAAAACUAGGAACUUAUGUGCAAAGUGUCAUCUCCCAGUGAGACCCCAUCUUACUAACUAUCCAUCAAGUACUGUUCGGACACCCUACAUCACCAAUAGGUGUCACUGUGAAUCUCCCCCUGCCCAUGAUGCUGAGAAUGAUGAACGCUGUGAAAUUAGUGAUACUGAAAAUGUAAAUAAACCAUCCAUUGCUAAUACCAUACUACCUGAAGAAUUCAAAACACGUAAAAAGGUGAUCACUGACUGGUUCACUGAAUUUGAUGAUGCUCAGAAAAACUUGAUUCUUUCAGCUCUACUGGAGCACUGUGAGCUGCCACAGGUACAUCUAUUGUCUCUCAAGAUGGAGUCCUGCCUUCAUGAUGGCUGUCCACCCAACUGUUCUGACAUUAUCACUUGGUUACCACAGCAACUAUCAACCAAAAUUAUGGGAAUGUUAGACCCAGUGAGUUUAUGCCAAGCCUCAAUGGUUUGUAAGACAUGGUACAACCUGGCGUCAGAGCCCAAAAUCUGGUGUCACCUGUGUUGUCUACCUGAGUGGCAUUUGUCCCGUACAGGAGAACAAAAACAACUCAUUAAUCACCUUCUACCUAAUGGGAAAAUACAUUGGAAACGUGUGUUUGCUGAGAGAUACCGUCUCCGCAACAACUGGCUCCUUGGCAGAUGUCACAUCCGAACCUUUGAAGGACACACCCAGGGUAUAUCAUGUGUUCAGUUUGAUGAUACAAGGAUAGUCAGUGGAUCAUCAGAUAAAACCAUCAAGGUUUGGAACAUCCGUACCAAUACACCAUGGCUUGUACAGACUCUGGUGGGUCAUUCUGGAACAGUAAGGUGUCUGCACUUAGAGGGAAACAGACUGGUCAGUGGCUCAACUGAUCACACCAUUAAAGUCUGGGAUUUAUCAACACAACAAAGUUGGUCAAGUAUUGCAUGCAAGACAACCAUGAUGGGACACACAGACACAGUCCGCUGUCUACAAGUUGAUGACGAAAAGGUUAUAAGUGGCUCCUAUGAUCUGACACUGAAGAUAUGGGAUAUAAGGACUGGGGUUUGCAGAAUGACUCUGAGGGGUCACACAGGUCCUGUUUUGUGUGUUCAGUUUGAUGCUACAAAAAUUGUCUCUGGCUCUGGGGAUAAGACAAUCAAGGUGUGGAGUUUUACUGGGCAGUGUCUGAUGGUGCUAGGAGGUCAUCAUGCAGGGGUGACAUGUCUACAGUUUGACUCUACCAGGAUAAUCAGUGGCUCUCUUGACUGUACAUUGAAGUUCUGGGACAUUUCAACGGGUGAUUGUGUCAACACAAUAGAUUGGAAAGCCAGUGAGGGUCACACAGGCGUGGUGAGAUGUUUACAGUCAGACACAUGGAGGGUUGUCAGCGCCUCAGAUGAUCGUACCAUUAAGGUGUGGAGUUUAGAAACUGGCCAGCGUCUCGUAACUCUUCGUAACCAUUCCGACGGUGUAACAUGUCUACAGUUCAAUGAUAGUAUCAUAGUAUCAGGGUCUUACGAUAAAUGUGUCAAAUUAUGGGACUUUAGCUGCUGCUGAAAGAUAACUAUGGUGCUUAUAUGAAUACCAGUGGCUUUUGAAUCAAGCGAGUGCCUUCCCACCUAUUUAAAGGUACCUAUAGAUAAGACUGUUAUGUUUUAUUGUUUUCUGUUUUACAUUGAAACGUGUUAAGUGGAACACCUCUAAAAGUAGAGCAACUCUGCUAGUGGAACACUUUUCAUAGUUCUAAGACCAACUGACCUAAUGUUAAAUGAACGUCUAUAAGU